GGAAAACACGAGAGCGACUUUCUCGCUCUAAUUUGUUGGCCACCACCCGUGAAGGAACCCGUGAUACACGACAAACCCCUUUACCGGGUACUGAUCACGUGGCUCUUCAUUCGCUGUUUUCGGAUCCGCCCCCUCCCACUUGCGUUCCGUCCACAGUAAUAGCAAAGACUGCCCCUUUUAAAAAAAGAACAGUACAAUAUCUGAUUUGCAAAUUUGAAAAAGGCGAGAAUGCCGUCCCUCAAGAAGAAGAUUCCACCGCCGCCGAAGGAGCCCGGCACGCACACCAACGCGGAGGUCAAGGAGGCACUGCACGCCCGCGCGCUGCGUCGCACCAUUCUCAUCACCGCCGUCGUGUUUUUGCUGCUGGCCUGCCUCGCCGUCGUCUCCAACUCCUCCCGCGACGCCGUCAGCGCCACCGGUAAGCCAAAAAUGGUUCUCAUCGUGGUGAAAGGCCUCUCGCCCUCCACCGUCGAUCACGCCAUGAAAAGCAACAAGGCGCCUUUCACACGGCUGCUCAAAGCGGUCGGCGGCGCCUACAGCUCGAUCGAUGCCUCCUAUGCGGGCUCGGGAAACCGCAUGGUGAACCUGCUCACCGGCUCCUCGGCAGAGACAAAGAGCACCUUAUCGGGAUCCACGUCUAUCCUAGGCUGGCUGAAGGCCGCGAAAAAGAGAGUUGUUGUGGCGGCGCCGUCAUCCUACUGGUCCCGCGGCACGGCCGGCGCCAACCCCUGUGGCCAGAUCGGUCUGCUCGAUACCGAGUGCUCGGCGGACGCGUGCCCGGAAGAGAAGGAAACGGCGUACUGCAACGCGGAGCGCAAGUACGUCACGUGCGACGACCGCGCGCAGCUGUACCAAGAUGAACUCCCCACCGCCUUCCAGAAGGCGAUAAACCUCUCUGCGGAUGUGCUGUACUUCCAGAGCAGCGGCAUUGCCGAGGCAGCCGCCAACGACCUCGAGGCCUCUGCCCAGGAGCGCAGCGAGGUGAACUUGCUGGACGCCACGGUGGGUCGCAUUGCGCUGGCGCUGUCGAAACGCUCGAGCAGCACCAGCGAGCAGUGGCUGCUGAUCGUGACGAGCGACGGUGACAACGCCGCAAAGGCGGCCCCACUGCUGAUUGCAGCCUACUCGAAAGGCGAAAUCGUGCAGCUCAACUCCAUCGCGGCUGAUGCCAAGACGUCAGAUGUCUUUAACACGGUGAAAAUGUGGUUCGAGGCAGGGGACGCGGACAGCAGCCGUCUACUGGGCAUCUGCACGAGCGGUGCGAUGGUCAAGAACUGCAAGGCCGCUACGUGA